AUGACACAAAACAUAACAAAUGAAGACAUUAAAUAUGUACCUUAUACUUCAGAAUUACAACUUCCAGGAAUCAUGUCUUUGAUUGAGAAUGAUUUGUCAGAACCAUAUUCAAUAUACACAUAUCGAUACUUUAUCAAUAAUUGGCCGAAUUUAUGCUUUAUGACCAUGGCAGAAGAUCAAUGCAUUGGAGUAAUAAUAUGCAAACUCGACAAACAUCGUGAUGCAUUGCGCGGUUAUAUUGCAAUGUUAGCAGUUAAAAAAGAAUAUCGAAAAAGAAAGAUAGGAACCUCAUUGGUAAAAAUGGCCAUAGAUGCUAUGAAAAAGCAGGAUGCUGAUGAA